AUGAACGCAAUAUUAAAAUAUUUAGGAACUAAAGAAUCCGCCUAUCUGUGGGCACUGUCGUCGGCCGGUGCAGCCUGGGGCGUUGCAACGGCAUGCGCACAAGGUUGGCUGCCUGACUGCGCCUGCAGUGGCCAUGAUGAGGUGAAACAUAGCUGGGAGUGGGGUGGCUGCUCAUACGGAGUUCAGUUCGGGAUCGUGACAUCCAGGAAGCUACUCACCAGGAGUACCAAUUCUCGUUCACCACUACGCAAAUUGGAAAAGCAUAACCUGAAAGCUGGAAGACUGGCAGUGAAAAAGACGCUUAUUUCUUCUUGUAAAUGCCAUGGUAUUAGCGGAAGCUGUGAGCAGAAAACGUGCUGGAAGAAGACUGCUCCGCUGUCCUCUAUCAUCAAGCACGUCACCAACAAACUGCAGAAGGCUCGAAGGCUCCCAGAUGUGAAUGCUGCGGCAAAAAAUGCAGAACUGGUAUACAUCGAAGAUAGUCCGGAUCCAUGUCGAACAAGCCGAAUCGCUAAC